AUGUUACGACGACCUUUAAGAUGGACUGGAAAAAAAAUGGACUUUAGAAAAUGUUACUGUCAAAAGAUUGGAAAAGAUACAAGUAUUGCGGCUUCAAAUCGAGAAGUUUGGGAUGAUCCAUGGCAGGCAAUUUUCUCAGAGCACACGAAAACUGGAGCAGUUGAAAUUGCAAUUAACUGGAAAUAUGUUCAAAAACUAUUACCUCGAAAAUUGAUACCUGAUGUACCAAAACAUGAGACAUAUCCUACACCUAGUGGUUGGAGACCGCCGAAACCUCAACCGAAUCUUACGUUUUAUGUGGAACGAAAUCGUUAUCACUUAUUACCUCUGUAUUUGGAAACUAGAAGAGAUCAGCUGGAUACCAAAACAUUAGAAUUUGAAUACGUUGAAUUGGUGUCAGUACGAAACAUCCACGGCGACAUUUUUGAGUGUGAAAAAAAGAUGCGAGAAUAUUUGGAAGAACGAUUACAGCAUCCCAUCGCAACUCAUGUUGAUGAAUUGAAAGGUUGUAUCAAAAUAAAAGGCGCUGACAGAGCUGUUGUUGAGCAAUGUCUAUAUGAUUUUGGUUUUUGA